CUUUGAAAGAUGGCUCUUAAAACAUCAAAUUUUCUUGUUCCAUUUCAAAGUAUCGUAGUAAUUUUGUGUGAAUACGUAUCGUAAUUUUUAUAAACCUUUUCUAGGUAUAACAGAUGCUUCAACUUCAUCAGUUUUAAAUAUAAACCGGUGUCUUCCUCAUUUCGUGCAAAGAGGGAUGCGAUACUACUGAUUUAUUAUACUUGUUUCUCGAUCGAGUUAGAAAUUAGAGGAGAAAUGAACAACAUUCUGAUUCAAAUCCACUACAUGUUCUUUCUGUGGUUGGACUCUGCAUUUAGUGUCAAAGAAAAGUAAAUAAGCUGAUACGAAACAUGAAAUAAGUGAAAAGAUCAUUCCGUUAUAACAAGCAAGACUUCGCUACUGAUUGACGUGCUAAUGAAACACCUAACAGUUGUGCGUCUACGGGCACACAGUGCAAAACAAGAAUGGCUGCGGAAAUGUCUCUUGUUAGUGUGGUUCUGUUCAUUGCAACAGGAGCCCUGGUGUUUUUUCUGCUCUUCCUGUUUGCCAAACGACAGAUAAUGCGUUUUGCACUAAGAUCAGCAAGAAAACCACAUAUCAAUAUUGGUGCUGAUGCUCCUAGAGAAUUGAGAGAAGAAAUACAACGCAGGCUUACUAUUGUCCAGAGUGUUCGCUUUGAGCCAACUCUGUUGUCUGAACAGGUUCUGGAAGCUUCAAAAUCAGUACCAAACCAUUACUUGCACAGAAUGAAGGCCCUGGAUGCAUUCACAAAUGCAGUUGAUUGUUUACGAAGCAAAGACACCACCAUAGGACUUCGGGGAACAAAGCAAACCAUGCAACUCUACUUGUUUACUUUGUGCCCAUCAGCAGCUAACUCAUCUCAAGCCCAGAUUAUCGACAUGUUUUGCUCGUCUUACAACCAUGCUCGUCACCAUCCAGCUAAUUUUGGGAACGCAGAGCUUACAAAUUAUAUGGAACUGCUAGACAAAGUCAUCCGCAUGAUCAAAGACAACAAGAAACGGAGAGCUGCAGCCUUAUAUCCAGCAGUGGAGACAGAAGUGCGCUUGAGAAGGGAUUGUGGCAAGAGGGAAUCCGCAGAGACAGUUAGGCACACGGGGAAAAGUAACAAUUUACGGUUACAAGCAAGGAGGAAUCAGCCUGCAGCAAGCAGGCCGGAACAUGUUGAACAGUUUAAUAUGGUGGACAAAUCUAGUGGCUACAGCAGCACAGACCACUCCAGCAGUGGACGGGGAAGCGUGGAAAGACUUAUCUCCCCCCAGCAUUCUUUCAAGCCUGAGAGAGACGAGGCUGUGUGAGUGAUGAGAUGCUUCCCUUUCAUUUUCAUGGUUAUGUGUAAUAAGGGAUGGAAGACUCACAUUGUGGGAGGAAACGCACAUCAUGUACAUCUGCUUCUCUGCCUUGGCAUGGAAGCCGCCACCAUCAUGCAAACACGGACCACCCUUCUUGUGUGGAUGGCAUGAAACUGUGAUAGCUAUUGGCAGAGGUUCAGCCCAUCAUCUUAUUAAAUGACUCUGCCUUUUGGCAAAUCCACUUUUAUUUUUAUUUUGUGGAUCUUGUUGUCAGUCUUGGCUUGUGAGUGUUUAUUUUUGUGUUCAUUUGUUAACAUUUUUUGUGUGGAACAAUGAUGACUUCAGACCUUAUUUCUCCUAGAUUUUUAUCAUGCAGUGCAUAGUGAUGUGCACUGUAGGUAGCGUAAGCUCCUUGGUUUGUUGUUUUCACCUCUUAAGUGUAAAUUUUAGAGUUUAUCAAGGUACUCCAUUUCUCAGUUCGUGUCUUAACUUUGCUGUUUUUCACAAUGGAGAAAGGGAUGCUUGGUUCAUCGUCUUAACUGCUUUCACUAUUUCAGUGGCUUGUUUGAACUGGAUAGUUUCUAUCCUUUAAUCUUUGAUUGGCACUCUUCUGUGGUAAACAUCAAAUAGUAAAGAUUAGUUAAAUGAAUUGUCAUAUCCAAAGGUAGCCAUUAGUCCUAUAAAGGAUGUCAUGUUUGUCACUUAAUUAUAUCACUAAGCAGGCAAACAAAUGUAAUAACAUAUAGACAGUUCUUGAUUGAUGUAAAUUUACAUUACACAAAUUCAACAUUCAUAGUAAUUAUAACGAACUUUUAUAUAGCGCAUUUCCAAUGAUUUUCUCAAAGUGCUUUACAGAAAUGGUAUACAGAAGUAAAUUAAAUCACCAACAACCAUGCACCCAUAUUCACUUAUAACAGACAUGCUCACUUUUACCACAAAAAAUACCUGUUAUUAUGUGAAAUACACACAUUAGGCAUGUUCAUAAUCAGGACAGGGUCGCAGUAAAGUCGCUGCUCUGAAAAAAAAAUGUGUCUUAAGUUUAGACUUAAAGAUAUAUGGAGAAUUCAGAAAGAAUGGACAUUCCUAAACAAUUAGGAAAAUCCUUUACACACAAAGUAUUCACUUCAUGGUGCAGUGUUUAAUAGUUAUUUUUUAGUAUAUUUUAUGACUUUCCCAAAAGUAUUAGCUUAUGUUUUUUGGGCUAGGUGAAGUGAGUGGGAAGAGUCGUUUUACAUGGAGGUCUGUGGAACAGUCUGCUUAAAGUGAGAACUGUCUGCAUGUAGUCAAUAUGCAGCUUUUAAAUAGUGAUGUAAAUGAAAACGAAAGUGUUACACUAGAAGCAAUGAGAAAAAUCCUAUACAUGAAUAUAGAAGCAUUGUAAAGAAAAGAAAACAUGGCUUGCGUUUACAAUGGCCUAGUAAUUUUAUUUGCAGAGUUGUGAUGUAGAAAUGUAUAUUAAUGAGAUUUAGGAGGGGGGUUUUUAUCUAUUGGAUCAUCAGGGGAAAUUUUAAGAAAUGACAAAACAUUGAUUUGGCAUCCAGAUUUGUUCAAAAAAGAAAAUAAUCAUGCUCUUUGAUACUAUAUCACAUACAAAAAUAAUAUUUUUUUUACCCAUCAACUUUACAACAUUACCACUUCAGUAGAUAUCAACGUGCAGUGUGUUGACAAAACAUUCUAAACACACAAGUUGAAGUAUUACUGAUAGAAUUUUCCAUUUCCUUUUUAUCAGUUUUUCAGUGUGCAGCAGUUUAGACUUAAAUUUAUUGUUUCUGCAUGUUGACACAUUUUUUUAAAAAAGAUUUUCUUCCAGUUUCUGACCAACAGUGAGUAAAUAUAAAGGUUAAAAGUCUUAUGGCCUGUUGCCUAGAAGCAGUGAACGUAAGUGGUUUAUGGCAUAGCAUGUGGAAUGCAGAACCCAUCCCUCUUUUGGCUUUUCAUUUCACAUUUCUGUACCUUCAUAUUUGACAACUACAAAUGAUGUAGGUAGAGAAAAAUCAAAGAACCAUGUCUACAUCAGUAAAAGAUCUGUGAUAAGAACAAUCAUCAGAGUAAAAUCUGAAGAUCCAAUAGUCCGUUAACUGUAUAAUGAUGAGGAGCAAGUGGCUGGUGUAUGGAAUGUUUCCUUCUGCCACCUGUUUUCUGUGACUUGUCAGGGAGCCAUUCACUAGUGAGUUAACUGAGGGACGUUUACUAUCUGCAUCAUUGUCCUCUAAAGUUGAAUGCACUGACCUUGCAACUACAGAACUGCUUUUGUAUACACAGAUUCAGAGGUGGUUGGUUCAUCUACAAAUAUGUAAUAAUAAUAGAGCAUUUUUAUCGCAUAGCAUCACAACCAAGACAUCAAAUAUUAAAGAAUAUUUAACUAAUAAAAUAUUAUGUAAAAACCAAAUUCAUUGAUGCAAACAGUAAUUUUCUUAUUUUACAUUUCUGAAUCAGAAAGGCUCUGUUUAAAACUAAUUUUUAUAGGGUUUAUUGCUGUGUAGGUUCAUGUAUAUCUGAAAAGUAGCUGUACAGUUCUUGCAAUUCUGCCUUUUUCAACGAAAUAAUGAUGCUUCGCUUUUUGACAGCCAAUGAAUUCCUACUUUUCACUGGAAGGCUCAAACUUCAAAAUGUAGAUAAAAAUAAUAUUAUAAAUUUUGGACUUAGAAGUAGUUAAUUAUUCAAUUAUUAUAGAGAUGGAUUUAAAUUUCAAUACAAUAACGGGUAAAAUUGUGUAAUCUACAUAAAGUGAUUGAUCAAUUUGUGAUUUUUAAAACCUGCUGCUGUUUGUUGCUGUCAUUGAAAAGCUGUAAACAAUAAGCCACUGCAGAUAAGGAUAAUCAUAAUAACUAUAUGAAAAAUAACUGUCUAAAUAUACUAUAGGGGUUCUUGUGGCUCUUAUUUACAGGCAUGAGGGUUCAAAAUUCUUAUUUAGUUGACUGGAAAAUGCACUGGGUAAAGUGAGUGUAUGUGUGUGAGAGAUAUAGUGUGCAUACACAUAAGCAUGUGCAAGUGGGUGUUUGUGAGUGCGCACACACACACACAGUGUGGGUUAGAGAAAGGGAGAGAGGAUAAUAUAGUACAAGUUGAGAAUGAGCUGUUGUCAAUGUGCAGUAUUUAUAGCUGUCAUUGUACCAAUCGUUUUUGCUCAUGAAAUUUAGAUAGGGUAUUAAACUGGUAUUACAAAUUU